AAUAGGGAGUACAUUGAGAUCAUCUAAGAAAAUAUUGGGCCAACAUUACGCUUUCUCAGUCUGUAUCGUGCUCACCGUCCAAGUAACACCGAUUGACCAAAGCCGGUCACUUGUAAAGUAACAGUCGUGUUUCAUUUUGUUCAUCAAUUAUUCAUUUGUGAAUUUUGAGAAAUAAGCUUGAGGAUUUUUUUUUAUUUUUAAAAAUACGAUGGCAGAAUCAAAAGUGGAAGAGAUAUUUGAUAGAAUAGAAGAAUCUUUCAAAAAUCAAAAUAUCCUAAUCACUGGUGGCACUGGAUUUUUAGGAAAAGUCGUUGUUGAAAAAUUUCUCAGAUGUCUACCGGACAUAAAACAAAUUUAUAUGUUGAUCAGAACGAAAAAAGAAAAAGAUCCAAAAUAUCGUUUAGAGGAAAUUUUUAAUUCACCGUUAUUUGAAAAAGUUAAAAAACAAAGAGGUGCAGAAACACUUAAAAAAUCUGUAACUGUUAUAAACGGAGAUAUAUCCCUACCUGGACUUGGUCUUUCUUUAGAAGAUAGAAAAAUGCUUUGUGAAAAUAUUAAUAUUGUAUAUCACGCAGCUGCUUCAGUACGGUUUGACGAAAUGUUGAAAAAAGCAGUACUAUUAAACACGCGUGGUACAAAAGAAAUGUUAGAAUUAGCUAAAGAAAUGAAACAUUUAAAAUUAUUUGCUUAUAUCAGUACAGCAUAUUGUCAUCUUGAAGAAAAAGUUUUAGAAGAAAAACCAUAUCCACCACCUGGAGAUCCUCAUAAAAUAAUUAAAUGUGUAGAAUGGAUGGAUGAUGAUGUAGUUGAAGCUAUGACAGAUAAAAUUUUAGCACAUUUUCCUAAUACAUAUGCCUUUACCAAAGCUUUAUCAGAAAGCCUUGUUGAAGAAGCAAUGCCAUAUAUUCCAGCAAUUAUAUUAAGACCAAGUAUAGUUAUACCAAUAUGGAAAGAACCAAUUCCAGGAUGGACAGAUAAUAUUAAUGGUCCAACAGGACUCUUGAUUGGUGCUGGAAAAGGUGUUAUUCGAACGAUGUAUUGUAAUGAAAGUAGUUAUGCUGAUUAUCUUCCUGUUGAUAUUGUAGUAAAUGCAAUUCUUGCUAUUUCUUGGAAUUUCAUCUAUUGUAAAGAUCAUGAAAAGAGAGUUUACAAUCUUACAAGCAGUAAUGAAUUUAAGGUAUCAUGGGCAGAAAUCAUUGCCAGAGGUCGAAAAAUAACAGAAAAAGUUCCUUUGAAUGGGGUUGUUUGGUAUCCAGGUGGAAGCAUGAAAAAAUCAAGACUCAUGCAUAAUAUAUGUGUUUUUUUCUUUCAUAUAAUACCCGCUUAUUUCAUAGAUACACUUAUUUUCCUUGCAGGCUAUAAGCCAAUUAUGUGCCGUGUACAACGUCGGAUACAAAAAGGUUUCGAAGUUUUUGAAUAUUAUACCAACAAUCAGUGGGACUUCGAUAAUUCAAAUCUCUUGGAACUACGAGAUAAACUUAAUCCUGUGGAAUAUGGAAAAUAUCAAUUACAUGGAGAUGAUAUGGAUAUAGAUGCAUAUUUUGAAACAUGUAUAAGAGCAGCAAGAAUUUAUAUAUUGAACGAACCACCAGAAACUUUACCAGCUGCUCGAAGACAUUUAAGAAUCAUGUAUUGGAUUGAUGUAAUAACAAAAAUAUUUUUCUUGAUACUAUUGAUUUAUGUAUUUGCAUCCUGGAAUGAGAGUUUCAAAGCAUUAUUAAUAGGAAGUUGGUUGUUCGUCACUCGAACUUUACUAUAUUAACUAUUCGCAUUAAAAAGUUUUUAAUAUUUUAAUUUUAAUGCGACGAAAUAAACUAUGGAUCUUUUUUUUAUUGAAUUAUAGUUUUUUUUUAAUUAAUAGAAUAAUUAAUAUAAUAAAUUUAUUUUUUCAAUAAUAAAUAUUUUCAAAUAAAAUCAAA